UUUUAUUUUAUUUUGGUUGAAGUCACCAACCAUCUUUCUCUCUCUUUCUCUGAAGUAACCCUUUGCGCGCGACGGAGACCCAACUCUCUCUUUCUCUCUCCUCGCUCUCUCAGAGAGAAAAGAAUAAUCAUUUUUUAUUUAUCAAUUUUCGAUUUUUAUUUUUCACAAUUCAAUUCUUCAAAACGCCAAAUCAUAAUCAUUAUCCUCAAUCUUCUUCAUCAUCAGAGUGAUUCAGGAUAAUGCCACUUUCUAGGGUUUUGAUUUUGGGCUAUGAUUUUCAUGUAAAGUUCUGAUUUUGUUAAUCAGAGUGAAAAGUUAGUGGAAGUGUGGUAGAUUUUUGAAGAAUUUCUCUGUGACUGUGAUGGGUUCGUGUGGUGAACCUGCAAUUGCUGGUGAUCCAUCUGGUUUGUCUGUGAUGGAGCAGCCUUUGAGCUCGGAGUUUCCGGCAGAGUUGGAUUCUGUGCAGGAGACAUGUUUAGAGGAAGCUUGCAAUGGCAUUGUUGAUGGUUUUGUGGAAGAGGUUCAUGUGGGUUGUUCUGCAAGCUUUGUUGAAAAUGAAUGUGAAAAUGAUGAUACGUUACAAUUGGAGAAAAUCGAUGAAGAUGGUUGUCGGAAUAGUUUGGGGGUUUCUUCUGAGGAUAUUGAAGUUACUGAUCUUAAAAGUGGUGGAUUGUGCUCAGUAGGAAAUUUACAAGAUAAAGGCAACAUUGACCUGCCGUUGGAGUCAAUAACCUCAAUCGUUGGCGAUCCCUCUGGCUUGUCUGUAAUGGAGGAACCUUUGAGCUCGGGGUUUCCGGAACAGUUAGAUUCUGUGCAGGAGUCAUGUUCAGAAGAGCCUUGCAAUGUUUUAGACCAAUCCGGUAUGACUGAUGGUUCUAUGGGAGCGGGUCACGUGGGUUGUUCUGCAAGCUUUGUUGACGCUCAUGUUACCGCAAGGUCUGAAGAUGCUUUGAGAAAUGAAUGUGAAAAUGAUGAUUUGUCACAAUUGGAGAAAACUAACGAAGAUGGUUGUCAGAAUACUUUGGGGGUUCGUUUCAAGGACGUUGGAGCUUCUGAUAUUAAAAGCGGUGGACUGUGCUCAGAAGAAAAUUUUCCAGAUGAAGGCUAUUUUGAUCUGCAAUUGGAGUCCAUAACCUCAAAUAAUUUGCAGGAGCAUUGUGAUGAACAUGCUGACCAGAAAGAUGAGAAAAGCAUUGUUUUAUCCUCGGCAGGAGAUGAUUUGGAAGUCAUGGAGGGCAAAAAUGAUGAUGGUGCUGAUUUACUAGCAGGUGCCGUCAACCGUGAGCUUAACGUCAGACAUUCUGAAGUCUCUUCGGAAUCAGAUUUCGUUGCAGACUUGCUAGUUGAUUGCGACCAGAAAUAUGAGCCAGAGGAGAUUACGAAAAGUGAAGAUAGCUUGCCGAAGGUUGUGGAAAGGGUUGAUUGUAAUGCUUUAGAUGGGAUGGAAGCCAAUUCUUGCAGGCAGAUAUCUCCUUCGUUGGAUGCUGAAGUACCUUCAGGUGCCUUAUGUAUAGACACAAAACUAGAGACCACAAGUGACAUGCUACACGAUCAGAAAAAUGGCGAGGAUUGUGACAGUAUUUGUGAAGAAAAGAUAAGAGCCGUUGUUAAGAAUGAAAUCACACAGUCUCCUUUUUUGGAUGUGGAAAUGCCAUCAGGUGCAUUAUUUAUCGAUACAAAACUAGAAAGCACAAGUGAUAUGCUACACAAUCAGAAAACUGGCGAGGAUUGUGACAGUACUUGCGAAGAAAAGUUAACAGCCGUUGUUAAGAAUGAUAUCACACAGUCUCCUUUGUUGGAUGUGGAAAUGUCGUCAGGUGCAUUAUUUAUAGAGGCAAAACUAGAGAGCACAAGUGAUAUGCUACGCGAUCAGAAAACUGGCGAGGAUUGUGACAGUACUUGUGAAGAAAAGAUAAGAGCCGUUGUUGAGAAAGAAAUCACAGCCAAUUCAUAUGUACAAGCAUUGCCCUCGCCAUAUUUUCAUACAACCUUGAGGAUUUCACCUGCAAUUGAUUCACUAAGUCAACCUACCUUGCUGGAUCCAGGGAGUGAAUUAAAGAAUGGCAUACUUCAAUUAGAAGAUAAUUUAAAACCAUUUUAUCCAGAAUCAGGUCAGUCCUCUUCUGUUUUAAUGACCAAUAGCACUCCAAAGGAUGUGCCUGAUCUCCUUUCCAAGGGUGACGGUGAUUCCAUCAACAAUAAUUGUGCUAUAGACGAUUCUGGACAGACAAAUAAUGAUGGAAAAGAAGCUGUUGAAGUUGAUUGUAUCACUGAAAGCAUACCGUUACCUCCUCAAAGGAACAGUCGAAGAACCAAAUUUGGUUGCAAGACACAAACCAGAAAGGCUUCUAGAAAAUCCAAGAACAAAGUCAGUGAGACACAUCCAGGCGGGGGUGUGAAGAUGAACUUAGAGGCUGCUAGAAAGAAAAGAAGUUGUUUAUCCAAACCAGCCCGUUCUUGUGCCUGGGGCUCGCUCGGCAAUGUUGAACAGUUUUUCCAAUAUGAAAAUGAGCUUGGUGUUAGUGAAGCCAUGUGCCAGAAUGAGGGUAAAGCUAGAAACAAGAGUCAAGGCGGGACAACGAUCAAGAAUGGUGCAAGUUCUAGCUCAUUAAGUUCAAUUCCAAAGCAUAAUGUUUCAACUUCAACUACUCGUUUUCGUCUGAAGAUCAAGUAUGGAAAAGAAAAUGAUUUACAUUGCUCAAAUGUUCCGGAGUCUGUUGGUGGCUUGGCUUCUGCUUCCUACUUGGGGUCUGAUUCAGGUUCUCAGAACGUGACCGGCAAUUCUGCAGAUAAAUUUUCUGAAGUGUUGGCUGUAAACAGUUUAGAAUCAUUUAGAAAUGACCUGGACAAGGAUUGUGUUGUUGUAAAUGAACAAAUUGUAAAUAGCCAGCUAGAAAAUUCUAAAAUAAUGGAGAAGUUAGAUGUGGUUGCAGAGGAAACAUGUCAUGCAGUUCCUCCAGAGAGAGUGGUUGAAGCAUUAGUUAAGCCAAUUAAUAAUUCAGUUAUAGAUCCAGGAACAUCACCUGAUUCAGAAGUUAUUGAUUCAAUUCCUGAAGCCCAGGUUGGAGAAAGACUUGAAGAAGAUGCACAUCUUGCUGUGUUAGGUUCUUCUGAUGAGUUAAAUUCUAAUAUGGAUGCUACCUUCAGGAAGAGAGAGAAGAAGAAAGACAAUCUUAUUCGUUCAGGAAAUUGUAUCACUCAAGAUGGAUCACAAGAUCAACCAGGGAAUAAUAUAGCCAAGCAUUCGAAGAAUCACAGACGUAAGAAGAACUGCAGUGACAUGGUUAGCUCUUUAGAAUUGCCGACUUCCACUGAGCUAAUCAAAUCUGUAAUGAGUAAAGAGUUGGCUGCAGAAUCAUUGCCCCGUUCUGGAGAGAUUGUACUUGGAGUCUCCACCAAGGCUUUGAAAGUUAGAAGUCAGGAGAAAGUCAAGGGCAAGACAGCUGGUCAAACAUCUGGUGAUCAUGGAUUUUCUGAAUUCCAGGGUUCUGGGGAUUUUCCGUCUUCUAGAAGACCUUUGGGUCGUAAACUACCGAAAAGUCUUGAACCUAAAGUUAGCAAGGCCAAAUCCAAAGUUUCUGACUCGACAAGCAGUCAAAAGACUACUACUGGACGCAAGGAGAAACAGAAAGAGCCAAGUAACAAAAGUGAAGCCAGGGGUAAAGGCGUUUCUCUCAAAGUUACAUGCGAAGUGGAAGAUCACCCGCAUCCAGCAGAUGCAGUUGGAAAUCAUAAGUUGGAUGCUGUUGGAAAAAUUAAUCCCAGUGACAACAGAGUAUCAGUCAAUGUAUCUAAUUUGGACAUGACACCUAGUUUUGAUUUGGGAGAACAACCUCAGUCGCCGCGUAAUGCAUGGGUGAGUUGUGAUGAUUGUCACAAGUGGCGGCGUAUUCCAGCUUUGCUUGCUGACCGGAUUGAUGAAACGAACUGCACCUGGACUUGCAAGGACAGCAGUGAUAAAGCCUUUGCUGAUUGUGCUAUCCCUCAAGAAAAAUCAAAUGCAGAGAUUAAUGCAGAGUUAGGAUUAUCAUAUGCCUCUGGUGAAGAAGAUGUAUGUGAAGACUCCAAAAAUCAUAAGGAAUUGGAAUAUCGACUACCACCGGUUGCCCAAGAGUCAACUUUUACCCGCAUUUUGACCAAUAAGUUUCUGCACCGCAGUCCAAAAACUCAGACUAUUGACGAGGUAAUGGUUUGCCAUUGCAAGCCACCUCCAGAAGGCAAGUUAGGAUGUGGGGAUGAAUGUCUAAAUCGGAUGCUUAACAUUGAAUGUGUGCAAGGAACUUGCCCAUGUGGGGACCGUUGCUCCAAUCAGCAGUUCCAAAAACGCGAGUAUUCCAGAUUGAAGUGGUUUAAAUGUGGGAAAAAAGGUUAUGGACUGAAGGCACUUGAGCGUGUAGCUAAAGGCCACUUUAUUAUUGAAUACGUUGGAGAGGUCCUGGACAUGCCUGCAUACGAGGCACGUCAAAGAGAGUAUGCUGUGAAGGGCCAUAGACAUUUCUAUUUUAUGACCUUGAACGGCAGUGAGGUGAUCGAUGCAAGUGCAAAAGGAAACUUGGGGCGUUUCAUUAACCAUAGUUGUGAUCCUAAUUGUCGGACAGAAAAGUGGAUGGUAAAUGGGGAAAUCUGUAUUGGACUGUUCGCAUUGCGGAAUAUCAAGCAGGAUGAAGAAUUGACGUUUGAUUACAACUAUGUAAGGGUUUUUGGCGCUGCUGCCAAAAAAUGUUAUUGUGGUUCACCUCAUUGUCGAGGUUAUAUAGGCGGUGGUGAUCCACUUAAUGCUGAGGUUAUAGUUCAUGGUGAUUCAGAUGAUGAAUAUCCAGAACCCAUGAUGCUUACGGAAGAUGGUGUAGUUAAGGACAGCACACCUAUGCCCAAGUACUUUGAUAAUGUUGAUACAGAGUCUUCUAUUCAUUUAUUGACGGACAGGGAUGUAUUGGACAAGUCUACAACUGCUAUAGAUGAAGAUGGUUCUCCUGGGAAACAUAGUUCUCCAGGGAAAUAUAGUUCUAUGAACCCUGCAUCUUCCGUUUUCCCUUUGCACUCAGUUGAAGUGGAAGACUCAAAAAGCAAUUUACCAUCUUCUGAUCGAAUAGAAGAAAUUUCUCAACAAAUGGAGGAUACAACAAGCAAACCCAUGCCUGCUGUCAGCAAGGUGCUGUCGAAUUCUACUGAUAGUAAAGAAUCCAAGUCUGAAAUGGUUGAAGACGGAAAUGGUUUUUCGCAAUCACAUCUGCAUGUGAAGACUCCUCAAACUAGCACUUCUGUAAAAAAGGCUAAAGGCAGUGCUAAUGCUGCAAAUCGCCUUACAGCUGAGGUGGCAGCCAAUCGAUUGCCAGUGCCAUCUAUCAAACACAAAAAAGUGGUCGAAGGUGCUUCCAAUGGACGGUUUGAAGCAGUUCAGGGGAAACUUAAUGAGUUGCUGGAUGGAAAUGGGGGAAUAAGCAAAAGAAAAGAUGCCACCAAAGGCUACUUGAAACUUUUGCUUCUCACCGUCGCUUCAGGUGAUAGAAGCAACCGUGAAGCAAUUCAGAGCAAUCGAGAUCUUUCCAUGAUCCUUGACGCUCUUCUCAAAACAAAAUCUAGAGCUGUGCUGAAUGAUAUAAUUAGUAAAAAUGGUUUACAGAUGUUGCAUAAGAUCAUGAAGCAGUACAGGCAAGACUUCAAAAAAAUUCCAAUACUACGAAAGCUUCUUAAGGUCUUAGAGUACCUGGCAGCAGGCAAGGUUUUGACACCUGAACAUAUCAACAGCGGUCCUCCUUGUCGUGGAAUGGAGAGUUUUAGGCGUUCAAUGCUGUCUCUGACAGAGCAUGAUGACAAACAGGUCCAUCAAAUUGCUCGAAGCUUCCGAGACAGAUGGAUUCGAAAACAAGGCAGAAAACGUGGCUAUAUGGACAGGGAUGAUAAUAUGUUGGAAUCUCACAGAAAUUUCAACUGUAACAGAAAUUCAGUAUCACACAAUCAUAGGCACGAGCAGGGAUUAAGACCUAAGGAAGAAGAAAUUGAUUGUGGUCAGCGGACAAUGCUCGUGACAACUUCAACUUCUGCAGAUGCUGGCUCCCAGGAGGGCUGUUCUACACCGUCUUUGGAUGGAGUUGAGAUCAAAGAGGCAAAAAAACGUAAGCGCAAAAGCCGAUGGGAUCAACCUGCGGAAACAAAUUCAUAUUCUGGUCCUGUUAUUGGCUCUACCAAUGAAAGCCAGAAGAUUAAUGAAGAAAUUCCACCUGGGUUUUCAUGUCCAAUACGUUCAUUAAACAGUGCACUAAACUCUGGCGGUCCAGCUUUGCAAAAUACAAGCCAUUCUGGAUGGCCCUCUAGUUUAGUUACUACUGGUCAGCCAAAAGAGAAAUUCAAUUCUCGUUUGCCUGUCUCAUAUGGAAUGCCAUGGUCUGUUGCUCAGCAAUACGGAACUCCUCAUGCUGAAAUCACAGGGUGUUGGGCCACUGCUCCUGGCAUACCUUUCUACCCAUUUCCGCCAUUACCCCCAUAUCCACGGGAUAUCAAAGACUGUCAACCUUCUAAUACUAAUAGUAUGGAAAUUGACCAGCCUGCUGAAGUUAAGCAAAGGGACGCCAAUUGUCUAGUUAAUUGCUGCUCAGAGUCAGAUCAUACGACUCCCAGUCCCAGCACAACUGGUGCUAAGUCUGAAGACACAAACGUUGAAUGCGAGGAUGCUAAACACGACUCUAAGCGAUUGAAGACCGACUCUAGUGAUUUGGGAGAGAAUCACUUUAGACAGCAGAAGUGGAAUAAUUCAAAAAUACAUCGAACAUGGUUCAAGAGGAAUGCAAGGAGAUCUAAUGGGAACAGCUCUAGUGGUGAUAUGUGCAGUAUAGAUGUAGGAGAUGCAUCAAAAGAAUCAAAAGUUACUAGUGAUUCGGAGGAUGCAAUCUUUAGAGAUGAGAAAGGUGGAAAAUAAUAUUUAUUAGUAUUCACAACAGCAAAAUCAUACUGUUCACAGGAAAAAAAAGAAAUUGUUUUUGUUUUCUUUUUCAUCCAUAUACAUUAAUUUACCGUCAAUUCAUUUGUUCCUGGAUCUAUCAUUCAAUGAAAAUUUAUUUGUUCCUGGAUUCAUUAUUCAAUGAAAAUUUCAUUCAAUUUCAA